AAGAAGUGACUUCGUUUGAAUCAAAAUAAUUAGCACACUCUCUCGACUGGUUCUCUGGCACUUGUGACUUCGCCCUGUGACCAGGCAGAGGAUCUUGGCAACAGGACAUUCUUGCUCUUGUUGCUAACACUGAGUCUGUGCUUCGCGUAGCUGCAGUCCGGUGGUAGCCGGAGUCAUGGCUGUGUCCCUUGCGGAGACUCUGACGACGUGGAGCGAUGCUAUCAAGGCAUUUGAAGGUGGUGAUGCCAGAAAAGCUCUAGGUCUUUUCAAACAGUGCCAGGACGCGUCCGCAAUUAUGUUGUUCAACAUUGCAGUAGCUCACCUCAAACUGAAAAGUUACCGCGAGGCAAUUACGGGCUUUGAUGCAGCAGUGAAGAAAGACCAGCAUCUGGCUGUGGCGUAUUUCCAGCGUGGCAUAGCCCAUCACUAUCUCAACAGCGAUAUGGAUGCCGUGUCGGACUUCGAUGAGGCACACCAUCGAAUGCGUGGUACGCGGGUGAUUGACUACCGUCAGCUAGGAAUGCCGUGCAAGCUUUAUGAAUGUGAUGUCCUAUUGAAUUCUGCUGUGACAUAUGCCAAGCUUGGUCGAUCAUCUGAAGCACAAGACCGGGUCAGUGAUGCACAAGAUGCACAGAUUGAGAAACGGCACGAGCAGCAAUGUCGAGACGUGUCAUCAGCAAUCCGGCAAGGUGGAAGGGGUUGUAGUAUCAUAACUAUGCCCGAUGCUGCUCUCUUCCGCCCAGCCAAGCAAAAAGUGGCAAAUAUCAAGAAAAAGAAUCAUCUUGGUGAUGCGAAGGUAUUAUCAUCAGUCAUCGAUCAGGACCAGUUUGCCGGCUUUAUGGGCAAAAAGGAGCUUGAAGAUGGUGGCAGUUCACCACCAGUAUCCAGAUCGCCACGCAUUCGCUCUCCACGUUUUGGACGGCGCAGCGACAUUCAGUAUCGUGCUAUCUACAGCUUUGAGCCCAAUACUAAUCUUGAGGUGGCACUCCGUGUUGGUGAUAUCUGUGUGGUCAAAGAGAAGGAUGCCGAUGGAUGGUUUACUGUCACCAACAUUUCGACAAGCAAGUCUGGCCUGGCACCUGGCUCAUAUCUAGAACCUAUUGAGGGAAGUCUCAGUCCCAGUACUUCACAGAAACGGAAGAAGUCAGACCAGUUGAAAUUUCUUGGCGUUGGAAAGAAAUCAGCCGGUGACGACGCACAUCCUGUAGCUGAGAAGAAGGCUGCACCAAUGAAAGCGCUUCCUGUUCCUGGUGGUCCCAAGCGUCCAGCUGGUGGACCGCCACCUAAAGUUCAGCCUCCCAAAUCUCCUGGCCCAACAGUAGCUGUGAAGCCUAAACCUCCAACAGCUGCAAAGAAACACAGUGACAAGGUCGUAAUCAAGCUGCAUAUGGAUCACACGAGAGUACUGCAAGUCUCCAACAAGAUCACCUUCGACAAGCUGCUCUCUGCUGUCUGCAAAAAGUUCCAUCAGGAUGACAAGUCUCUAUCGCUGUGGUAUAUGGUUGGUGGUGAGCUGUCACAGGUGGAGAGGGCCACAGAUCUAUGCGAGUGCUGGAAACAAGCCACUGUCAAUAAGCAACACCUGACUCUGUGGGUGUAUGCUGCACCAUGUCCAUAGUAGACGGUUGGUACACUUCUGUCUCCAUCUCAGCCGACCGGAUCAUUCUGUGAAAAUACCUGCUAUCCGAAAUGUCCUAGACACAGCCAGAUAUCUGUCUUUUGGGAUAGGUCUCGUUGGAAAGACGAACACGAAUCUUCGAUAGGCGGCAUACACUGAAAAAGAAGGUGAAAUAUAUCUUCCCUCGACUGAUUCUACUCUCUCUCUAUGUAUAUUAUAUAUUUUCUAGUACAAACUUAGAACAACUUCUAUUUAUAGCACAGUUACAUAUUUUUGGAAGUGUGUGUAUGUGUGCACAUGCAUGUGUUUGUGUGGGUGUGCGUGUGUGUUAUGGAUGGGUGUAUUUCCCUGCGACUAGAAGCCAUACUUGUUAGUGUUCAGUAGGAUUUCCUGUGCACUUGUGUUAUUUUGAAGACUUUUACUCCUAGGAUUGAAUUUUGAUUAGCAAUCUAAGAAUUCCAGCACAUCCACUUUUCUAUUUUCAUCACAUUUUCCUUUUCUAUUGGAGCACGCAGCUCAGAUUUUCAAGACUUUCAUAUUCGAUUUUUAAUAUUUUUUAUUUAUUGAUUUUAUUUAUACCGUAUGUCAGCGCACCUUUAAAGCCAUGCAUGGCCUUAUAUUCGAAACACCGCUGCUUUCCUAGCUAUUUUAGAUGCAAAAUGAGUUAAAUGACCCACCCAUACGCCAUGCCAUAAAAGUCAUUCCACACAGAAAUUUCAAUCUAAAUCCACUUGUUCACCCUUCCUGCUGGGCUGUAAGUUUGUUAUCAUACUACUUAUUCCUUCUUGCAAAUUUUAUGGCUUGGGGCUCCCCGCUUG